CGCUCUGAUCUUAGCACCCUUAUCAUAUGUAAAGCUAGCUCUGUGUGAUUAGCCACGUCAUGUAAAGUUAGCAGUGGAGCAUUCUGAUAAAAAGGUAGCGAGGGGUCGCAGUUUUUGGGGGGAUAUUAAUUUAUUUUCAAAUAGGAGCUGUCGUUUCAUGGUUAUAACUCGGCACUAAUCACAUACAAAGAUGUCAGAUAUCGGGGACUGGUUCAGAAGCAUCCCUUUCAUCACCCGGUCCUGGUUUGCUGCCUCGAUUGCUGUUCCCUUUAUUGGAAAACUGGGAUUGGUAGAUUUCAGGAACCUCAUGCUGUUUCCAGGGCUCGUCUUUAACAGAUUUCAUCUCUGGAGACCAGUGACAGCCACCUUGUAUUUCCCAAUAACCCCUAACACUGGGUUUCUGUACCUGGUCAACCUGUAUUUCCUCUACCACUACUCCACUCGGCUAGAGACAGGGGCGUUUGAUGGCAGGCCUGCAGACUAUAUCUUCAUGCUCCUCUUCAACUGGAUCUGCAUUGUUAUAACCGGGCUGCUCAUGAACAUGCGGCUGCUGAUGAUCCCAAUGAUUAUGUCAGUGCUCUACGUCUGGGCUCAGUUCAACAAAGACAUGGUUGUGUCCUUCUGGUUCGGAACACGAUUCAAGGCACAUUAUUUACCUUGGGUCAUCCUGGUCUUCAACUUCAUCAUUGGAGGCUCGUUUGUAAAUGAACUGACGGGGAACCUGGUGGGUCACCUCUACUUCUUCCUCAUGUUCAAAUACCCCAUGGACCUGGGAGGACGCUCCUUCCUCUCCACACCAGAGUUCUUGUACCGGUUCUUCCCCAACAGGAGGGGAGGGGUGUCAGGUUUUGGAGUCCCCCCCAGCAGACCAGCUGCCCAGGAGCAGGGAGGAGGAGGUGGGGGAGGAGGAGGGAGAGGAGGACGCCACAACUGGGGCCAAGGCUUCCGUCUGGGGGGUGAAUAAGCUGAGACAAGAAGAGAGAGAGAGCUACGCCCCCUCCCGUCCUGUUUACUCCCCAAAACAAACGGCGCUGCAGUUUGUGUUUGAGGUUAAAGUACUUGCUUUUUCUUAUUCUUGCGUUUGGGAGAAAACCUUGACUUUAGUUUACGUUCAUGUUUAAGGACACACAAGGAUGAAAUUCGAGGAAGCACGCAUUUUAACCAAGACAGCAGCGCACAGCAGGACUCAGACCGGCCAUAGCUGAAUUCACCCAGCUCUACUAUUACUACUACUGCGGAUGUGUCCAUGUGAAGCAGAUAGAACAAAAUAUGAAUAAAUAGAUUUUUUUAAUGUAAUGAAUCUUUAUCUCCCCUCCCCUUUCCCCUCUUCCUUUCUGUCCUCUUCUUUUCACCCUCCCCUCCACUGUUUCUCCGCACCCUGCCAUGGGACUGUCAGGACAAGAGAUGUUGCAGCUGCACACCAGCACACUGUUGAUUUUGACUCUGGUGUCUCUCUCUCUCUCUCUUUCUCUCUGUGAUGCCAUAUCAGAUUACAUUGUAAUUACCAACACACUGGGAGUGUGCUCUCAGCAGAACAUGGGCUAUUUAGAGAGCACUGUUUCCAGGUCUGAUUUUACAUGGGUGUAAAAAUGUUUUUUAAGCCUCUGUGGCACAGACCUGAUCUUCCUCUGUCUUAAGAUCUCAUCUUAAUCAAAGAGGUGAAGAUGGGAUUUUGAUCUUUUUUUUUUUUUGUAAAUAUAACAGUUGUUUAUUG